UGUUGGUUGUGUUGGCAAAGAAUACAUAAUUUAUGACAUAAAUGUACAUUGUACAUUUAUGUAAUACAUCAUUAUAAUGGUGCUGGUUUUCCGCAACCUAGAGAAGCUUCGAUUUUCGAUAUAAAAUAGUAAAUACCGAUGGUCAAGAUCGAUCGAUCGUAAAACAGUAUCGAUAUUUUCUUGUCAAUCAAAUUUGAAGGUUAUGUUGUAACUUGUUGACAUUGAAAUCUUUCAAAUUUAUCAAUAUUUUAGAGUUCAGUUCUCAUCAAUCUCGUAAAAGACCUUUUGUAAAGUCAAGGUCAAUCAACAGCGAGGUGAUUCAAGUGUUGUCAUUAAAAUACGGUCUUUCUAAAAACUCAAGAUAUGCCGCUCCUCAGGAUUGAAACAAAUGUUCCAAAAAGUAAAGUACCAGAAGACUUUCUCAAGACAACCAGUAAGUUGCUUGCUAAAGUGCUCUCAAAGCCAGAAAGUUACUGUGCCGUGCUAAUUGUACCAGACCAAAUGAUGUCAUUUGGGGGAACUACUGAGCCAACUGGUCAAGCGUCACUCAUGAGUAUUGGACAGCUUGGGGUUGCUCAGAAUAAAGUCAUUUCAGCAGCUCUAUUCAAGCAUAUCGAAGAAGCCCUAGGGAUUCCCAAAAAUAGAAUGUACAUUACAUUCACCGAUUCACCGACUUCGGUUGUUGGCUACAAUGGAACAACUUUCCAUGAAAUAUUUGGCUGAAUGCGGAGCAUCAACAUUGAGAAUUUAAUUCAGAUCUUUGAAAAAUGUCCAUUAAGUCAUGAUAAUGUAUGAUCAAAGUAUGAAGCGAUGAUAAUCUAUUUUUGUUACUAAUAAACAGGUAAAAAUAAUCAA